UUUGAUAUAAGAUUGAACAGCCUCACUGUCCCUCUCAGGAACCUGAUGCCCAAAGCUCUGGAGGGACAAGUGGUCCUGGAGAAGACACCCAGGUACUUUGUGACGGCGGAUAGCCCCGGCCGGAUCCACUCCAUGUCCCAGGAGGUCAAACUGAUCGUGGUGGUGCGUGACCCUGUGACCCGUGCCAUCUCUGACUACACCCAGAUCAUAUCCAAGACUCCGGGCGUUCCCAGCUUUGAGACCCUGACGUUCCAUAACGGGACGGAGGAGGCGCUGAAGGUGGACAAUCUGUGGAGCCCCAUCUGGAUUGGCCUGUAUGCUCUGCACCUGGAGAGGUGGCUGGCCCACUUCCCCUUGGAACAGAUCCACUUUGUCCAUGGGGAGAGGCUGGUGAGCGACCCUGCAGGGGAGCUGGGCAGAGUCCAAGACUUUCUGGGCCUUCAGAGGAUCAUCACAGACAAACACUUCUACUUCAACAAGACAAAGGGUUUCCCCUGCCUGAAGAAGCCAGAGGGCAGCAGCAAGCCCCACUGCCUGGGCAGAACCAAGGGCAGGCCACAUGCUGACAUCCACCCUCAGGUCAUCCUCAGGUUACGUCAGUUCUACCAGCCACACAACCUGCGCUUCUACCAGAUGACAGGGCAGGACUUUGGCUGGUAG